CCUCUGAUUGGCUGGUGGUGAAUAUGUACGGAAGUAGUAAUCCAGAAGUGGUUUACAUGAGCCAGAUUGGGGUUUGUUUACACUCUUUCUUGAUAGCAUGUUAAUAUGCAGACAGAGGAGCAUGAUUCAGCUGUAAAAGCUGGUUUGUUGAAAUCUUGUGGGGCAUGCUGUCGUGUUCUUGUCGGCGUGACGGGAAGCGUUGCAGCGUUGAAACUGCCUGUGUUGGUAUCCCAGCUUCUUCAGCUCUCUGGGGUGGACGUAAGAGUAGUCACUACAGAACAUGCCAAGCACUUCUACAAUCCUGCAGAGGUUCCAGUUAAAAUCUACGAUGACAAGGAUGAGUGGGAGCUUUGGACUCAGAGAUCUGACCCUGUGUUGCACAUUGAACUAAGGCGCUGGGCAGACCUUCUUGUCAUUGCCCCCCUUGAUGCCAACACUCUUGGAAAAAUUGCUAAUGGAAUUUGUGACAAUCUCCUGACAUGUGUGGUAAGAGCCUGGGAUACCAGUCGCCCUCUCCUCUUCUGCCCUGCCAUGAAUACAGCCAUGUGGCAGCAUCCCAUUACAGCCCAGCAGGUAUCCAGGCUCACAGAGUUUGGAUACGUGGAAAUUCCCUGCAUUGCUAAGAAGCUAGUAUGUGGAGAUGAAGGUAAAGGGGCCAUGGCAGAGGUAUCCACUAUUGUCAGUGUUGUCAAACAAUAUCUUCCGAUACCAGAUGAGACAUCUCAGAAAACCUAACAUGUUAUUGUAAAAUGAUCGUUGCACCAAAGGCAAAUAGAAAAUAAUCGUGUUGGCUUGUCUUGAACAUGCACAUGAUAAUCUGCUCUCAUCUAUUUUACCUAGUUGAGAAAGUGUGGAUGUGUACCUACUUUCACUGACAACUACCUGGCCGUUUUGUUGCAUGGUUUGAACAUGUAAAUGUACUUAAACGCCUCUUGCUAGUACACAUACAAGUACAACUAUUUGGAAUUAUCUACCAUUACUCAGCAAAUGCAAGCUCUGCAGCAUGAUGAGCCAGAGUAACAAGAACGACUUGUGUGGGAGUGUCCUUUGAUUGAUGGCUAUUAAAACGAUUCAGUGCUGUUCUUUCACAUGAAACGUGUAUUCAUUAUUAAGCUAUACAGACAAAGAUUUUAAACGCUUAUGAUUGUACAUUUCAGUUGUUUACUCGGCACAUAUAAUUAGAGACAUUUAAUCAAGCUCAUGUGAAUAUGUGGAAGAUGUUGUUCAUGGUAUAACAGGUUUUCCUCACUGUCCUCCACACAGGUAUAGGUACAUCAUUGUUUACAAAAUAAGAUCAAUAUUCUUCCUUCUUUAAAAAAAGUCAAGGUAAUGUAUGGGCUUGUUGACACCCUGUUGUGUCUUCAUCAACACAAAUGAAAAAAUACUGUCAGUGUCAAAUGUAAAAAAAUGUCAACCAUGUUUGUGAAUGUUUUGUUUUUUUCUUUUGUCUUAAUAGCAAAAUGCCUCUGUUAAGGUCAAAGGGUUUCUUGUUUUUUUUUUUUAAAGUGAGAUUAGGUUUUAUCAGCAAAUUGUGGAAUGUCAAACAUUUUGGUAGUGGAGAUAUCAGAUGUUUACUGUGCUAGAAGCAACAGAUGUGUACUUGAGCAAACUGGUCAUUAGGCAAAAAAGUCACUAAAUGCACAUCCUUAUAAGGUCAUCCAUUUAAGUGCAUACAACACCCUUCUUAUUUGAGUAUUUAGAAGAUGUCAUGGCUCCUAAGGGGUUAAUUAUGUGUGAUAAGCAGCGGAAACUGUCCCCCGUAAGGCAGACUGUCUAUUGCAUUCAUAACAUCAAUGUGUCAACUGAAGAAUGGAUGUUCUAGAGUCAAUUACCAUUGGGUGCUGCUCGUUCCUUUUUUAUUGAACAUACUUUCAUUUGUUCUGACAUUUCAGUUUUAGUAUUAAAAGAAAAAAGUAUUUAUAAUGUAGUGGCAUAGGUGUUUAUGAUGAUUUUAAGAAGUAAAUGUCGGCUUUUUCCCCAUAGCUCUAGGCUCCAAAGGUUAAGUGAAGAAACCCAUGGUUAACAUAGCAGUCUGAAUUGUGUCAAGAGAAGCCAGACCAGAAUGUCAAACUAAACCAGACAAAGGGUUUGUGUAUAUAAGUGAGUGGAAACAGAUGUCAUGAACAACUGUCUUACUGGUAAUAAACUAAAAAGGAACUCAUCCUUGUGGGUGGAAAUCUUG